GCACUUAUAGCCGAACUUUUGAGGCUUCAACAGAACAAACGCCUCUCGCCCAAGGUAUCUGUUGAAGAUAUGAUUGAGCUGCUGAUGGAGGAGAGCAAGGAGACUCUGAGAAUCCAGAUGUGGGAAUUCCAAAUGGACGGCUUCCAUGAGACCUACGACAAACCUCUUGCCCGGCUGGUGUGGAAUGUGUGCAACAGCAUGAAAAACAGAGAUGUGGAGUAUGAAGCCAGAAGUUUCCUCCACACUUCAGAGCCCAUGCCUCCCAACUUCCAACACCCCACGAUCAUCAGCAUGGCCAAGCAGUUUGCCAGGAGGCUGACGGAGAAGCAGUUUGAGGCCCCCGGCUCCAAACAGCAUGAACCAUGGCAGGUGGUGGCGGAGGUGGUUCCCAAAGUCCUGCAGGGCUUCUGGGACCUUCCUCCAAACCUUUGUGUGGACAUGCCCUCCAAGAAGCUCUGCAAAAUGGCUGUUGGAGUCACCAAAGCCGUAGAGGACCGGGUCUACGCUGCUCUGUCGUCCACAUCCAUGCGCGUCAAGUUCACUCGCGCCAUACGAGACGUCAUGGUCCGGUCUAUCCGGGACAAAGUCAGACAGGCCUUCACCGAAGACGUCUUGAAGAAGAGUCUGAACUGGUUCGCUGCAGAGCUGCUGAACACCAUCGUUGAUGUGGCAGUGGAAGAAAUCUGUUCGCUGUUUCUCCCAGACUGUCUUGGCACCAUUGCUGAACCACCAGUGCUGUGGAGUAGUACCCAGGAUGCAACAGAGGAACCGGAGUCGUCCAUCCCUGUAGUCCACCAAACCGAGACUACAUCUGCUGUGGCUCCACCCCCUCCACCUGCACCUGAACCUGCAACUACCGCACCUGAACCUGCAACUACCGCACCUGAACCUGCAACUACUGCACCUGAACCUGCAACUACCGCACCUGAACCUCCAUCCAGCGCUCCUUCUCCAUUUGGGCUUUCAUUGUUCUAUUUUUGGUUCAUUUGCUUUCAUUUUUAUUUCGCGGUCCAUGCGUGUAGCUCAUUUGCUGUGGCGUGUUUCGCGUCAUUUCCCUGCAUGGCAUUUUUGCUCAUGUUCAUUUUCUUUAGUCUGGUUUCAUUUGGUUUUUAUUCACUUUUACUUUGUUUUCAUAGUUUUCCAUUUUACUUCAAGUUUGUUUACAUUUACAUUGUUGUAUUCAUUAUUCAUUUCAUUUUCAUUUUGUGGUAUUUAGUGUGAACUUGUUGGUCAUGCGACGGCAACGGCGUUUCACGUCAUUUCCGUUCAUGACAUUUUAGCUUUUUCCAAUUGUAGUUUCUUUCAAUUUUAGCUUUAUUCAAUUUUAGCUUAUCGAAUUUUAGCUUUAUCGAAUUUUAGCUUUAUUCAAUUUUAGUAUUUUUCAUUGCUUAGUGUUUUAC